AUGGGCAGACGAGUGUACGAUCCCAUACACGAUGUGUUUCAGGAGCCUGUAUCGAGUGGGUCUGUGAACGGGGGUGGGGCUGCUGGGGUGGUGCCGAUGGUCGGAUCGCAGACAGUGGUGCAAGUGCAGCAGCCGUUGUCGAAACCGAUGACCAGUUCCAUUAUUUUGAACAGCGAUUUCGAUGAGGAUGGUGAUACCGGUGGGGAAUCGACUCAGUCGGAGGAUAACACUUCGAUGGUGACUGUUCGUCGGGUUGAUCCACAGCGUAAGAGGGGUCCUCCCCCUGGACACCCGCCCCCAAGCAAGAGGAGGCAGGCGCGAGAGACGAGCAAGUAUAACAGGCAUUUGAAGAAACCGGAUGGGUCCUUUUUCAGUAGGCGGGAUGUACAGUACACUUUCCUGCGGAGUCUGAUGGACGACAAGCGUGCCCUGUUCACCAACAUAUUCAAGAACCACUAUUCGUUUCUGAUGGUCCCAGGCCGUUCUGAGGAGGACCCAGCGGUGGUGAACGUGACAGAUUGGCAAUUCAACGCGAGGAAGUUCUUCAUGAACGAGAAGUUGACCUUUUCGCAACUGUACGUGCUGUGUCUCGCCACGUCUGGGAAGUGUUCAAAAGUGUUACGGGAGAAGUUGUUGACGGACCCACAAGUAUCCUUCUCGACAUGUCUCCUUGCGUUCCUCGUGAACAUCGGCCGGUUAAACACAACGAUCAAUUUUUACUUGGAGAUGACGUCUCAAUUGCGGACUUUCCACUCUGUGCCCUGUCUCCAGUUGCAUAACGUGGACCCGAAAUCGUUGCAGGACACACCGCGGUUGAAGUCGAUCCUGAAGAACUUGCCCCUCGGUAACGAGCCUGUUGUUGAAACGGGCCUACGAGAGUCAGUAUCGGAGUCUCAAGUGGACCACUACAAUGUAGUGAACAUGAUCUUCCACAUAUGUGACAACGUGACGCAGGUGAACCAGAAUCUGUUGACGCAAGGGAACAUUGUGACUGACGCCUCUGAUUUCUCCUGUGUGAAUCUGUUCCAAGUGUUAGACACGGAGACUUUCACACCGGAGACGCGACGUGACGUUGUGUUAUGGCUUCUGUAUUUGCAUUUGGAGACUGGUCUGGAUAAAGUUUCUGAGUCCUUUGCGCCUUUUGGCAAGGGGCAGCAGAUCGAACUGCUUGUGAACAGGGACCCUCGUGUCGAUGAGGAUCCUGUGGAUGAGUACGAGUUUGGGCUGGACCAAGAGGUGAAGCGUCGGGAGUUCUUGAAGCGGAUCAACGGGAAGACGCAAGCGCAGACGCCCGAGCCCGUGCCCGUGCCCGUGGAGGACGUUGAUGUUGACGACGAUGAGAUCAAGGGAGAGGAUGACACUGUACAGGAGGACACUGAAGAAGCGGUAACCAUGGGCCCCAGUGCUGAGGACAUGCACACUCGCCAAGUGAAUCGGAUGAUUGAAUUGGACAAGAACAAACCACUUGAACUUGGAGACGACGACGACGGUAACAAUAGUACCACUGUACCGCAGUGUAAAGUUGUGACUGAUCUACUUGCUUCACACGAGUACGUUCGUUUACACAGACGAGAACUUGGACUUGUUAAAGUGUUUAACGAUUACGAGGAUAUACCGAUGGCCUCAGUGAUUGGUAUUAGGGGCAAGAAGCGGAAGAAGUACCGCGACGGCCUUCUUGGGUUUGAGACGGAUUACCUUCGUGUAUUCAAGCAUUGCAAGCGAGUGUUAUUAGAGGAGGCUCAAUCCGGGAUCGGAUCAGACUCGGGGAGCGGUGUGUUCCGCCUAUAA